GCGGGGGCCGCUCUCGGUGGAUCCGCCGCUGGCUCCCUGUCCGUGUUUACCGCAGUGCCCGGUAGCGCCGCCGCCUCAGCCUCCACUAUAGAACCAGGACAUCGGAGCGGAGGCGAGGAUUGUGGAAGGAAGCAGCUAUAUGUGAAUGCAUAUUGUCAAACCAAUUCAGACACCAUGAAUAGAAACAAACGCGACAUCCAGUUCUACAGUGUAGAGGUUGGGGAUUCAACCUUCACUGUCCUGAAGCGCUAUCAGAAUUUGAAGCCCAUCGGCUCGGGAGCACAGGGGAUUGUAUGUGCAGCCUAUGAUGCGAUUCUGGACAGGAAUGUAGCCAUCAAGAAACUUAGCCGACCAUUUCAAAACCAGACUCAUGCAAAAAGGGCUUACAGAGAAUUAGUCCUCAUGAAGUGUGUCAACCAUAAAAAUAUAAUUGGUUUGCUGAAUGUAUUUACCCCACAAAAAUCACUUGAGGAAUUUCAGGAUGUCUACAUAGUGAUGGAGCUCAUGGAUGCCAAUCUCUGUCAGGUGAUUCAGAUGGAACUGGACCACGAACGAAUGUCUUAUCUACUCUAUCAGAUGCUGUGUGGCAUCAAGCACCUUCAUUCAGCUGGCAUUAUACACCGGGACCUGAAGCCAAGUAACAUAGUAGUGAAAGCAGACUGCACGCUGAAGAUCUUAGAUUUUGGACUAGCAAGAACAGCAGGAACUAGUUUCCUGAUGACGCCUUAUGUGGUUACACGAUACUAUCGUGCUCCAGAGGUCAUUCUAGGAAUGGGAUAUAAAGAAAAUGUUGAUAUCUGGUCAGUUGGGUGCAUCAUGGGCGAAAUGAUCAGAGGUGGUGUGUUGUUCCCUGGUACAGAUCAUAUUGAUCAAUGGAACAAAGUGAUUGAACAAUUAGGAACGCCAGCCUCUGAGUUCAUGAAGAAGUUGCAGCCUACAGUUAGGACUUACGUUGAGAACAGACCCAAGUAUACGGGCUACAGUUUUGAGAAACUCUUCCCAGACGUCCUUUUUCCUGCCGACUCUGAGCACAAUAAACUGAAAGCAAGCCAAGCUAGAGAUUUGUUAUGUAAAAUGCUUGUAAUAGAUGCGUCAAAGAGGAUUUCUGUGGACGAUGCUCUGCAGCACCCUUACAUUAACGUUUGGUAUGACCCUGCUGAAGUAGAAGCUCCGCCACCCAAGAUAUAUGACAAGCAGUUAGAUGAGAGGGAUCACACUAUAGAUGAGUGGAAAGAGUUGAUAUACAAGGAAGUGCUGGAGUGGGAAGAGAGAAUGAAGAAUGGUGUUAUACGAGGACAGCCACCUUCUUUAGGUGCAGCAAUGAUCAAUGGUUCUCAUCACCCAUCUUCUUCUUCAUCUGUCAAUGAUGUGUCCUCCAUGUCAACAGAUCCAACACUGGCCUCAGACACCGACAGCAGUCUAGAGACGUCGGCAGGACCUCUGGGAUGUUGCAGAUGACUAGCCUCCCUCUCUCUGGGUUCUUAUUGUUUGCGCUAAAUGAUAGAGAGGGUAGACCAGCUUUUAAAAAGCUCCAACUGUGUUUUAAUUUUAUUGGAAUCAGUUUGCCAUAGAAUAUGACUUUGAAUUAUGUUGGAUUUACAUACACAGCAACUUAAAUACAGCAACCUUUAGUGUGGGACAAGUAACCCUAAAGCAUGACUUGUACACAUGUAACGGACUGACAUUUAACACCAUUACAUUUGGGUCUGUUUUGGGUGGAAAAAUGGAUCACAAAAUACAAAGAAGCUCCAGACUUGUGGAGAGACAGCUUAGUUGGGCUACUUUUCACACUCUCUCUCUUGCAUGAAAUGGUUGAUACCAUUCAAACAUUCUAGGAUCUUUUCUACUCCAGAUGGCUCUGGCUUACUGCUAGUUGUGGACUAGGAUAACAAGUCAUUAUGUUUCGAAAACCUAGAACGCGGUGUCCGUAAUAAAUUUUAGUUGACUUUGUGGCCUACCUGUUUACAUUACACAUCCAAAGCUGAACGUGUUUUAAAUUUUGACGCAGUCAUUUUGGGCAAGGUUAAUGGGUGCAAAGUUAGGAGCAUUCAAACCAAUGGUAAAGGAUUAUGUCCAGUUGUUUAAGGUAAUGGAGAUUAGAAAAAAAUGGGAAGUGAAAGAGUGAUGUCAGAAUUAUUGGGCAUCACUAGUGAAGACUGCACAAAACAAACUAUAUUUCUAAAGCCAGUGCCAGCUUUAAACCUGUUCUACUAAAAUCCAUCCUCCUCCACCCCCCCACCCCCCCCCCCCCCCCCCCCCCCCCCCCCGAUAAGCUGUUCUUUCUAAUUACAGGUGAUUUGGUUAAUUCCUUUCUAUUAUACUAGGAAGUCACAGUAUAUAGCGCCCUGCUAUAAUGAUGGUUUAAUUUGUAGCUGGCCUUUCCAAAUGCAACUUGUCAAAAUGUCAACCUCGACAAGAAAGGGUUAUAUUCCAAGUGAACAUUACACACUUCACAAGUGACAGAACUAAUGUAUCAAAAGAGGUUUUUGGAUAAUUGAUGAACUACCUCACACAAUCAAUGUACCAUUUCGAGGCCAUCAGACUACCCACUUCCUUACCAUUCAGUACAAUAUGGAAUGUAACAGUUUUAAUUUAUUUCUGUUGUUAAAUGUCUCUGGUCCACCACCAGGAGUUAACCAAAUUCACAGCUAAAACUAUUGUGUAGAAGGAAAUAUUGUUAUACAUGUACUUUGUAUGUUAGAGAGAUGUUUAAUGCAUUUGUAUAUUUGUUUUCUCAUAGUUAAUGUGCAAUAAUAUUUGCAAAUUGUGAUACAAAUUUGAUUGUAAAGAUGGGAUAGCUGUGUGGUAUACUUAUUUUGGAGGACACUGGGGAUGUGAAGGGAUUGUAGUAUUUUUUUUCCCCAUUUUUACUUCAGUUAAAAUCUAGUGUACAAUGAAUUGUAAGAUUGUAAUAAAUGCCAUGGUUAGGUAGUUGAGGACAUGGUGCCUGCAUCUGCUCCUUGGGUUAGUUUAUUUUUUUAAGUGUAUACUUGUGCUGAAUACUUACUGGGGUUUUUACCUCUUAAAUGUCUAUAUCCAGUAUGGACUGCGGGAAUGUAUGCAGUGAAUUGGAUAUUACAAAAUUAACCGAGAUAAUGAUUUGUGUUAAUGAAUCAUGUUCAUCUUAAUAAUUGACAAUUUCUGUCCUGAAAAUAGCCACCUUUAGUCAGUUAUUGGUAACAAAAUAGAAUGAAAAUAAUUUGCUUAUACAUGUCUCAUGAGUGCAACAAUGAGCUAACCCAGGCGUUUGCACUAUAGGAUUUUGUGAUGUUCAUGUUAUAGUGGAUUGAGUGAACUAAGAUGAACAAUCUCCCAAGGCAUGGGAUGAUUUACAGAUUUUCUAAAACAAUAUCUUAAACAGCUUCUGAAAUGAUAACUCCCUCUAUCAAGAAUUCUCCGUCUCCUUCAGUACAGUCACGGCUUAGUCCCUUUGUGCCAGAAAUGGAUCACCCUCUUAUGCUGAUGGUUUCAAGCCACAAUUUGAUUUAAAUGCCUGUCUGAUUAGACUGGUUACAAUAGGAUUAAAAGUAGGAGUUAAGUUACAUUUUGGAUUUCUUGCAGUGUUGAAAAUCUUUGGAAUUUUUUUUUUCUCCCAGAAGUAACUGCCUGUGAAAUUAAGUGAACUAGCUUAACAAUUGGAUGUAAACUAAUUUUCAGUUAGAUUUUUGGACUUCAUUAUGUUAAUGUGUAGCUUAACAUAUCACAUUCUCUCAGCCAUCUCCCUCCUCAUGCAGGGAAAUCACCUGUUCCUUCCCUGUGUGUCACUGGCAAAGGCAGCAUUUAUUUCCAUCCCUAGACUGAGUAGCUUGCCAGGCCAUUUCAGAGGACAACCUAAGAGUUAACCACGUUGCUGUGGUUGUCGAGACCGGCUAAGGGCAGCAGGUUUUCUUCCUCAGAAGGAAUUUGACAAUAAUUCGGUAGUUACGUGGUUGCCAUAACUGACAUAGCAUUUUUUUUUCAUUGUUUCAAGCUUUUUUAAUUGACUGAAUUAAAAUUGCCCAGCUGUCAUUUGAACACUCAUUUGUAUUCAUUAGUCCAGCCUUUGGCUUGCCAAUCAGUAACAUAACCACUGUGCUACCAAAGCCACUGUACAAUUAUAGAUUAAAAAGGAAAAAAAUAUAACUGCUGGAAAUUUUCACAGCGCUGCAAGUACUCAACAGGUCAGACAGCAGCUGAAAGAGAGACUGGUCAAGGGUUUGUGGUUGCAUCCAGUUAUCAGUUCAAGAAGUAUAAACCUACCUUUUCUCUUUGCAGCUGUUGAUUGUCCUGUGCUGUAUUUGACAGUGUUUAUUCUUUUUUAUUUCAGUUGUAAAUCUUGUUUUUAGUGUCUGCCUUAAACCAACAGGAUACCAGAAUCGCUGCUAUGCUGUUGUUAAUGUUGCCCUUUCAGUAAUCUGUUUUACCCUUCAGUUAUUCUUCCAAAAAAAACAUGUAUCCAUAUUUUCACUGUGCUUAAGCAACUACACCAUUUUUACAAAUUACAUUUGCAUUUUCGCACAGUUUUUCUGUUUGUGUGUGUCAUAAACAAAUAAUUAUGCUGAUAGUGCCAAAUUUGUAUGGGCUUGGGGGAAGCUGUUUCUGGUAACUAAUGUUUUCACAAAAUUUGUCAGUCACUUGCAGAUUAUUCUGGGCUGAUUCCUUCAGUAAGCCAUUUUUCUUAUAUCCUCAGUGACUCUUGGAGAAAGUUCUGGCAUUUUACAUGAAGCUUCAUUUAGUGACUUUGUAUUUCGUGCUUUGUCAAUGCUCCACAACCUUCCAAUAUGGAAAAAUAAAUGUUGGAAGUGUAAUUUUGAGUUGUUAUCUGACAUGUUUUAUCUCUGGGUUGGGGGAGACGCAGACAAUUUGGGGAAAAUGAUCAAGUAAUUCAGUUCCUUUGAAAAGAGUUAAUUAUGCCAUGCCAAUAGUCCUAAAGUUACAAUAGUUGGCUGCUUCUGGCCAGUUGACUCAUAGCUGUCUAGAUGCAGUAUGCAGUAAACUUGCUUUUUCUUGCAUUUAACUGCUUCCUGGGUGAAAUCCUGCUUUAAAAAUGGAGUGUAUAUUUCAACAAAUGCCACAUUUAAAAUGAAUAAAUUAUGGCACAGGG